AUGGCGUCGGCCGAUCUCGACUCGACUCGGCAGGCUGCGCAGCCGUCCAGUCCAUCUCACUCUCAAGCUUCAUCGCCACCCUCUUCCCCUUCACAACCGCGCUUCAUCAACCUCAACCCCUUCCGUCGCUCCCCUGGCAGCAAAACUACUGGUGGGGGUGUGCUCGCCCAUUUCACCAGCUCAUCUACCAACAGCACGCCGUCUCACGCUGACGCCAACUCCGAAUCCAAGCAGCCGAGACCAUCGCUAGGACAGCGCAUCACCUCGCGAAUCCCUUCUCGCUCCUCGCGCAAGUCAAUCGACGUUUCCGCUGCCAACAUGACAGAACUCUCCCAGCCCAACCCCAAAUUCAGCAAUGGCGUCAACGCAUAUUCACAUCAACCAGAGCCUGAGCCUUUUAUGGAAGCUUCCGAUUCUAUCUCGGCAGAACGCGAGCUCGAUCCCACCCUCGUACCCCGGUCCGGGCCGCUCGCUUCGGGCAGCACAGCCGCUGCCCAAGCUCAUGCUUACUCUCGCGGUCUAGGGCAGCCAACCUUGCUUCCACGACGCUCGCGCACGGUCAGGUCUUCUGCCUCGCCCAUUUCGGACGAUUCUCAGCCGCUUCCCACCGUGUCGCAGACCAUGACGGCCCUCGCCAGCAGCGGCGUCCACCCUGAAAUCCUUGGCAUCACCAACGAUCCCUCAACCAUGGAGCUGGCAACGGACACCACCGAUAUUGUCGCUGCUCCUGUUGCGGUCGCUGAAUCGAGCGACGACGGCAACUUCAAGUCCAAUAGUCUCGAGGUGGACACCAUGAGCGGCGACGGCGCAACGCCUGCCAUGACGCCCCCAAGUAAGAGCAGGCAGGCCUCUCACUCCGAGCAGGGUACCGCCGACAAUCACAUGCUAGCGCGUGCAGCCCAGAUGGUCCUGGAAGCCGCCCGUCAGCAGGCUCGUGUCGAGACGAGGAAGAAAGGCAAAUCGGCUCCCGCCUCGCCCAAGCGCAGCACCUUCAAUCUGUCUCCUAUCACCACCACGACCACCAACAGCAGCAACAGCAACGACGAGAGCGCCGUCCAAGCAGCCGGCGCCGACGAUGCAAACGACACCUCCGAGCUUUCUCGCACGCCUUCGCAACGUUCUCGCUCCAAAUCGGAUGCCAGCGAACAAACACAGGCCAAGCAACGUAAAGGCUUCCUGCGCUCCAUGAGUUCCAAAGCUCGCCGCAACCGCUCAGGGGCUUCCGAGUCUUCUUCGGCAAAUGCAUCCGAGACGCCAACGCCGGGCGCCAGCAGUCCUACCGCAGGAUCCGGUGCUACAUCGGGAACAGUGACACCCGGUGGCAGACGCCGAAGGUACGUCGACACUCGCGACCUCGACCUCUUGGCUCGCGAGCUUGCCGCCGAAGCCAUCGCAGAGCAGGUGCCUCAGCCUCCCUUUGCGCGCCCCAGUCGCAGCGGCACUUCCUCACCUCAUCGCAUCAAGGGCGCCGGCGGUGCUUUCAACGAUCCGCGUCGACGCUCCUUCCCUAGCAUUCUCGAGGAUUCGCCGCUUCAGGAUGACAGCAUCACCCCCGUCCCUCCACCGAGCAACGGUCUCAAACCCAUGACGCCUCUCCACGCACCGCGAACUAACGCACGAGCCAGGGCGGCGGAUGGUAGGAUCAUGCCAGGCGUCGGCUCUUCCGUCAUCGCCUCGGCUUCCCACUCGGACCCCAUCCACGGUCUGGUUCCCCGAGAGAUGUUCUACGGGCUCGGCGGCUCCCCCUACUCGACCCUUCCUCCUCCCAGUGCGCUCUCUAACGGCACGAUGCUCGAAGGCAUGGAUCCCUUUGGCAUUCCCAUGGCGCAAGACAGCUCUCCUUUUGACGCCACCUUGGCCUACGCCAACAACGCCAGCGUCUACCAUUCCCCAGCCCAGAUCGCUGCAGCUCGCAACCAGUCGAGUGUCUCGCAGGCGUCCGUUAACGGCAAGCGUCGUCCUGUCCUCACCAUGACCAUGAACGAUCCCGAAGCCGAGAUGCAGGGUCUCACCACGCCGCCGCCCAAGGAGUCGAUCGGUAAGAGGCUGACGCCGUUUGGCAGUCGGGCGGGAAGCCGCGCAGGCAGCCAUGCCGGUAGUCGAGCGGCCAGUCCCAACCCUUCCUUUGUCGAUCUCAAGGAAGCCGCCGCACAGCAGCAGACGAACGGCGACCUCGCCGGGGCUGAGCCUGACAACACUGCAACCCAGGCAACAGUGCCCAUCGUGGUGACCGACGACGCUGCUGAUAGCAGCAUUGCUGACGGCAGUCUGCGUCUCGAGGAGGCAAGCGUCUGUGGUACCAGCAGACGAAACUCGAUCGCUCCGUCUGAGAUCAGCACUCUGCCUGGACUGGCCCCCGCCAAGUCGAAGAAAGCCAACCGUUUCUCCACCAUGUUCCGCCGCAAGUCCAAGACGCAGCUUGACACGCUAUCGACUGCCACGACGCCAUCCAACGAUGCAUCAUCCACAAGAUCCCUAGGUGCAACGGCUGCGGGCGAAACAGCUUCGCUCGUCUUGUCGCCCCACUCUGCUGCUGUCUCAGCCGAAAGCGAUGCAGACGUGUCGCCCAUGGCGUUCCGCACUCUCGAUCUCGCGCCCACUCAAGAAUCAGGUCGCUCGAGCAAGCCCGCGAGUACCAGGGCUAGCCGUCGCUCGAGUGUCGCUCUCGAGGCGAACGAUCGACUAGCUGACAACAAGAAGCCGAAGCGCGGCCUCUUCCGUCGUCUCAGCAGCUUUUCCAGGAAGAAGGACAGCAAGGUCGAGAAGCUCGCCGUUCCGCACGUUAGCACUAUGCCCGUGGUGGACAUGGAGAAGCUGAGGCAGUUGAGCGAGGCGGAGGAUGCCAAGGCUGAACUUGCUGCGAACGGGCUUAAAGAAGAUUCUACCUCAAAGGCGAGCAACGGUGAUGCGGUCGUUGCUGUCGACGCUUCUCAGAAGGCGGAGGAGCAUGCCAAGGCUGAUGCGGGACUCACUGCCGCCUUGCAGAAAAUGGAUCUUUCGAAUGCGACCCCGGCCUUGGUGAACGAGGAGAUGGCUCAGAAUGGAUUCGGCACACGAUCUGCUUACAAGCUCGAAAGCGAUGCUAGCAAUGACGUCGAUGCGGAGGAAGGCAGGAAGGUGGAGCAGGAGCUGGCGGUCAAACCUGCCAACGAGGAGAACACGGACAUUCACAACAUCCAAGCUGGACACGGCUCGCAGGACAGUACCGAGGAGAAACUCGGUGGCAACUCGGAGGUGAUCGAAGGAAAAGAGGUCAACUGGGAUCGAACUCGACUCGGUCAGAUCACGCGGAGCGACUCGCAGACGCCCUCUUCGGAAGACUCGUUCUUCCUCAGCAGCGGUCCUAGCGCCACGAGUCGACCAGGAAGCGGAGCGCUGAUGAAGCACGGUAGCGAGAGCGCCAUGAGCGAGGAGCUGUACACUCCGGACCCAUCCACGGCGUACCUCCCGGCGAUAAAGGCGGAGGAGGACGCCGCGCUGACCAACGUCACCGCUGCCGCUGCGGCUGCUACAGCGGCCAAGGUCGUGACGGCUGCUCUGGAGGAGAAGCAAGGCCCGGUUGUGACCGCCCUGCCCGCGGAUCAGAGUCCCACCGGUGCAGUGCUCUGA